GUUCCCGUCUGUCCAAGGUUUAUUCCCAGAGCUCUCUGUCCCUCUCCAGCGUGGCCGAGCCGGGCGGGGGGCGCAGCUCCAGCCGGGCCGGGUCCCCCUCGGGGCCGGGGUCCCCAGGCCGAGCCCCCCCCCCAGGCCGGGAGUGGGAGCAGGACUCGAACCCGUCCUCACCAGGGCCGGAGUACACGGGUCCCAGGCUGUACAAGGAGCCCACGGCCAGGUCCAACCGGCCGCUGAUCCAGAACGCCCUGGCCCAUUGUGUGCUGGCCGGGACCCCCAACGCCCCCCUGAGGGCCAAAGUGCUGCAGGAGAUGGAGCAGAGCUCAGCCCAACAACUCCUGAUCCUAUUCCGGGACGGGGGCUGCCAAUUCCGGGGCGUUUACGCUUUGGGGGGGAUCCCCCCGACCCUAAAGCACCUCCCCAAAAACACCAAAAACACCACAAAAACACCAAAAAAAUCCUAA